GAACCUAUCUACAAAAACAUACAUUCGCAUUGAUGCAUACCUAAGCAAAUCGUGCGGUUACUUUAUGGCAUGACGAGGUAUUAUCUAAUCAAUGGGAGAAGAAACAGAAAAAGACUGAUCUAAUUGUUAAUUGGCUGUUGAUUUUAUUUUCCUCCAUAUGUUUGUGUAAUUAGGCCUACUUAUAAUUUAAGAUUAUUGUAACAAACAUUUCAGACUGAACAAAAGUUCGCUCUACAAGAGUUUUGGUAUCAGCUAUUUGUUCACUUUUCUGGACACUGUGUAGGAAAUACAUUUUCAACUACUUUCGCCCUUUUAUGUACUCUGGGCUGUCGUCGCAAUGGUUCCAGGUUCAAACCUUGCUCGCAGUCCCCCCGUGCCGACCUGCAGGAGGAUAGGGUUAGGAGGGUUCAUUUCUGGAGGAACGGCUCAAAUCUUACAAGUUAAAAAUCUCACGAUUGACUGGCUCAAAUCAAUUUGAAGCCAUUUCUAGCGUUUCUUUGCGGUAACAUUACAGAAGAUGAGCGAGACAUGACUAAUAAACUUCUUUCCAGCUCCAACUCAAGAUGUAAGAUGCUCCUCAAAAGACUGCAUUAUGCUUUCAAAGUUUUCCUGUUUAUCUUCAUGUUCCUUCUCUUGUCUAUGUUCAUCCCCUUGCUACGGAACACAUUCCUGUAUCCAGUCUGGCCAAAGCCUUGGAGACACAUUGGCACUGUCGAUCUACUGAUGAUGGAGUUUUUCACAGAAGGUCCUCAGAAUGUUGCUAGUCUAAAUCAGUGUCCAGCCAUCGUUUCACCAAAUGUGUCGCAGAGUGACCCGCGCUUGUUGAACAUUCAGACCUAUGAUGAAAUAUCAGAAGACAGAAUCAGAUACGGCGAACACAAACACUUUCUACCAUUGUUAAAUGAAGAAAAGAAACGUCGUCUGGUCCAAACCUACUUGGUUCUAUCUGAUGCACUGAACAGGCGCGGGGUUCAAUUUUUCUUGCGAGCUGGAACUUUGAUUGGCGUUCUUCGUCAUCGCGGAUUGAUACCGUGGGACGAUGACAUGGAUAUUGCAAUACACGUUAAAGAUUGGAUGACUGUACGCGAAGUACUCUCCUGCAUUGAAGGAUAUGUUUUAAAAGUUGAUCCCAUCAUGCACUGGAAGUUUUUCGUCAACACUUCCUGGUAUCCUUUUAUAGACAUCUUUUUCUACACCGGAAACGACGAGUACGUCUGGGCCAUAACCGACUACACGAGGAGGACCAUGGUUUUAGAGAUCUCGCAUGUGUUUCCACUUAGUACAGGUGUGUUUGAGGGUAUUGAGGUACCGACACCUAAAGACACGGAAAUAAUACUCAGAAAACAAUACGACUUGGACACUUGUGUUUCAAGAAGUUCUAACCACGAAACAUCACAACCUCUUCCAGAAGUUGAUCUCCCUUGUUCGUCACUCUUUUAUCUGUAUGACAUGUUCCAUGUUAAUUACGUUGAAUAGUGCUUCAUACAUUGAAUAACACUUGUGAUUUAUGUAAUCUUUUAGUAAUUAUAACAAUAUUUUCUUUGGCCACAAAAGUCAGCAUAAACUACGUAAGAAAACAAGUCUUUUUUUUUAAAUUCAUACUUUAUGUUUAAAUAUUAUAGUAACCUUACCAUUCAUAAUUUAUAUGUCGUUGAUAAAGAAAGAGAAAAAAAAAAAGGCCCUUAGGGCCGCACGGGAACGAACCCACGACAUUCAAGUUAUUGGCGCGACGCUAUAUCAAUUGAGAUAUGCAGCCAUACUAAUGUGUGCGACAUUUUAGCUUUAAAAAAAUGAUUUAAUUUUCUUCUUCAGAUUUUUUACCACACAUUCCAAUGUUUGACCACAUUCCAAUGUUUGACCACAUUCCAAUGUUUGACCACAUUCCAAUGUUUGACCACAUUCCAAUGUUUGUCCACAUUCCAAUGUUUGACCACUUUCUACCUUUUUUUUUACUCUAAAUAAAGUGUGAGGUAAUCAUGAAACUUCAUUCGAGUGAGGGCUGAGAGGUUCAAAUCCUCUCUUACAAAAGCCCUGCUGUUUUGCGUAGUGCAUGCAUGGUGAUCGAGAAUUGGAGCUAAUGGUAGGGAUUGAAAAAAAAUCCUUUAAUCUUUCUACAUUCAUAUAUUUUAGAAUGUCUACUAGCUCUUAAUUCUUCAUACUAUUCAUAUAACGUUUAGACAUGUUAUGUAUCAAGGGAAAUAUCCGGGGUUCGUGUGACUUGAACCAAAAGCAUCAUUACGUAACCGUGUGUCUCCAGGAACUCGGUUGACGUUUUAUUUAUUACGGGAUCCCGGAUACGAGAUUCUCGUAACUAUGAGUAAUUUAUAAACACAAAGAUUAACAAAGAAGGCCAAUCUUAGAUCUCUUCAAGAAAGUCUGGCUCUAGAAAAGGGACUUUA